AUGGGCACCAUGCGACUGCGCCACACCUUCCAGCACGACCCCGACUCCCAGCAGCUGGUGGGGAGGCUGAUGCUGGGCACGAAGCGGCGACCCUACCCCCUGCCAUGCCAGGCUCAUGUUGGGCGGGCCAGCAUCCUGGGUAGGCACGGCACUUCUGAGCAGGCCCGCCGGCACCCCGCCGCUUCAGGUGGCCGAGAGGAGUGCGAGCUCACGCUGGCCUACGUGGCCGACGAGGACCAUGCCGCGGGCGAGACGUGCCCCCUGUAUAGGAGUGGGCUGGCCUUUGGCCGGCAGUUCGGGCCCGGGCGCCAGACUGGAACCAAGUACCUCCAGCGCACCUUGGAGACCCUGCUGGACGAGCUGCCUGGCGGGGAGGAGGACCUGUGGCGAAACGAGGUGUCGGUGCUGGUGAUGAAUAAUGCGCCUGGGGAGCACGCGGAGUUUGAGGAGCUGCGCCGCCGGGCCGCCACGGGCACCGACCGCUUCUCCCUGAAAGCGCGGCACUACGUCACCUGGCUGAACAACCCCGGCCUCGUCGCCGACCCCACCCCCGACGCCGCCGACCCGGACGACCUGCACAACCCCGACGACCGCCCGGGCAGGCAGGUGAGGAAGCAGACCUGCGACCUCAUCGCUCUGCUGCGCCAUGCCGCCCCACUCUCCCGCUACUACUUCUUCAUGGAGGAUGACUUCGAGGUGUGCCCCUUUGCGCUGCGGGCCUUGCACACGGCGGCGGUGAAGGCCAAUGCGCAGCGGGAGUCCAAGGGGUGGGUGGCGCUCCGGGUCUCCUACGGCAUGAACGGCGUGCUGAUGCACAACGCCGACAUCCCCGACCUCGUGGAUUACCUCUGGCGACACGUGACGCGCAAGCCACCCGACCUGCUGUGGGCGGAGUGGGUUGCACUGCAGGCCAGGGCCCGACCACCCCGCCCCUAUGCCGUGUACAGGUACAACGUGCUGAACCACUUGGGAGCCAUCUCCAGCUUUGCCGUCCGCCCCGACCGCCCCGGCUGGCCCGGUUGCUGGGCACCCAUGUCCUCCGUGUGGAGCCUGGCCCUGUCUGAGCGGUACAACCGCCGGUGCCGGGACGUGUCGGACGUGUCGCCAUGCGCAACGCGGCCCAGGGGCAGGGCCUCCCUGCGCGACCAGAGAGGGCUGCCGCUGGAGCCGGAUGGUCUGGAGCCCUGGAUGAGCCACCAGGUAAACUGGACGGCACCGGUUCUGCCACGCACCUAA